AUGCCAAAGUACGUUCUCACAGGCGCAGACGGCAACCUUGGUCGAAUUGCAGCUAGCUUCGCCUUGGAGAUUGCCAGACCUGAUGAUGAACUCGUUUUCACCACCUAUAAACAAGACGCCAUCCCAGAAGACCUUCAAAAAUCAUGGACUGAUAAAGGUGCAAAGGUCGUCACUGCCACGUACGACGACGUCGAAAGCCUCAAAGCAGCCUUCCAAGGUCGACGUCGCCAGGCUCAGACGGUAGUGGAUGCUGCCAAAGCAUGCGGCGUAAAGAGGGUCUGCUAUACCUCAUUCGUUGGUGGCGGUAUCGAAGCCGAGAAUGAGGAGGAUAUUCCUUUCCUUCCUCGAGACCAUCAUUUUAUCGAAAAGAUCAUCUACGCUUCUGGCUUGGAGUGGAAUAUCCAGCGCAACUACCUCUAUGCAGACAACAUUCCGACUUUGUUUGCACAGUCGUGGAAGUUCUGUGGUGAUCGCUGGCUGGUCAACACACAUGGCCAGGCUGGUGCGUAUGUCGCACGAGAAGACUGCGGAAAUGUGUUGGCUGCAUUACUCCUUGGCAGAGGAGAGCCCAACACAGUCUAUGAGAUCAGCGGUCCAGAAGCAGUCACCAACGAACAAGUUUUUAAAUGGAUGUGCGAGCAGACCGGCUACAAGGGCGAAAUCGUUGAUAUGCCUGAUGAGGAACUCAAGACAUGGUGGCUGGAUCACGGCUUGCCCACAGAUUUCUUUGGUGACUUCUCAAAGUUACCUAUGAAGCUUUGUAUUGGCGAUCUAUUGUGCUGUGGAGAGAUGGUUGCAAGAGGGUUCAUGGCGAAGACGACUGACAGUGUUGAAAGGUUGACGGGGAGGAAGCCGAAGCCGUAUCAAGAGGCUUUGUUGCAGUACAAGGAAUUGUUUCCAAAGGCAUAG